AGGUACGGCACAGUCAGUCAACCUUCAAGCGACAUUCAUUGAAAUGUACUCAUCUGCUUAAAGCACUGGCUGUGCUUGGAUGCGGUGUGUGACUUGCGUCAGACUCGAACGGACAUCGCAGGCACCAUGACGGACAUGAGCGACGCCAAGGCCCAGCGCAAGGCCGAGAAGAAGGCUAAGAAAGCUGCACGCAAGGCUGCUGAGGCCGCUGCCGCUGAAAACCCUGCUGCGGGGUCGAAUAAGAAGGAGAAGAAGCAGAAGAAGCACAAACGUGCUCGUGAGGAGACCGAGACACCCGCCGACAGCCCCAAAAAGCAUAAGAAGGAAAAGAAGAAAAGCAAGAAGCGUAAAAACAGCGACGGUAACGACGAGGAGAACGUUGCACCCAGCACGGACUUCUCCAGCGGCCCGUACCAGCAGCCGCCAGCCAAGGACGGCAGCUUUAAGAAGGCUUUCUACACGGAGGGCAAGGACACAGCUAAGAUGACCAACGAGGAGGUGGCAGCUUUCCACGAGGCCAAUCAAAUGAUCCUCAGCGGCAACAACUGCCUUUACCGUCCGGUGUUGAGCUUCGACGACGUCACGUUCGAGUCCAAGUUCAUGAAGACCACCAAAGGCUUCGACAAGCCCACACCCAUCCAGAGUCAGUGCUGGCCUAUUCUGGCCUCGGGACGCGACAUCAUUGGCAUUGCCGAGACCGGAUCCGGCAAGACGCUGGCGUUCUCCAUCCCUGGGCUCAUCCACAUCGCUGCCCAACCUGAGGUGUCACCCAAAUACCCGGGUCCGCGUAUGCUCGUUGUGGCUCCGACACGUGAGCUAGCGAUGCAGAGUUCAGCUGUGAUCUCCGAGGCUGGCAAGAAGUGCGGACUCAAGAGCAUUUGCAUCUAUGGUGGUGUGCCCAAACAUACCCAGAAGAAGGCGCUGCGUGACGGUGUGCACGUGGUGGUGGCCACUCCUGGUCGUCUCAAAGACCUGGUGGAGGAACGUUCGUGCAACCUCUCCAAGGUCACCUUUGUGGUGCUAGAUGAAGCCGAUCGUAUGCUGGACGAGGGUUUCGAGAAGGACAUCCGCGCCAUUAUCGGCAGCACACACCCGGAGCGACAGAUUGCCAUGUUCAGCGCGACAUGGCCGCAGUCGAUCCAGAAACUAGCACACGAGUUCUUAAACGACCCUGUGAAGGUGACGAUCGGCUCGGAUGAGCUCGCUGCCAGCCACAACGUCACGCAGAUCGUCGAGGUCAUUGAAGACCGUGCUCGUGACGCGCGUGCACAUGCUCUGCUGCAGAAAUAUCACUCGAGCCGCAAGAACCGCAUUCUUCUGUUUGUGCUGUACAAGAAGGAGGCUGACCGUGUGGAGCGCAUGCUGCACCAGCGUGGCUGGAACUGUAUCGCCAUUCACGGUGAUCGCAGCCAGCAGCAGCGUUCAGAGGCUGUGGAGCAGUUCAAGUCUGGUGAAGUCCCGCUGCUGAUUGCCACGGAUGUGGCUGCUCGUGGUCUUGAUAUCCCUGGCGUUGAGUAUGUCCUGAACUAUUCGUUCCCACUGACCAUUGAGGACUAUGUGCACCGUAUUGGACGUACGGGUCGUGGUGGUAAGAAGGGUACGGCCCACACGUUCUUCACCGCUAACGACAAGCCUCGUGCUGGUGAGCUUGUGAAUCUCCUGCGCGAGAGUAACCAGGAGGUACCAAAGGACCUGACCAAGUUCGGUACGCACGUCAAGAAGAAAGAGCACAAACUGUACGGUGCUUUCGCCAAGAACAUUGAUGCCACGAAGAAGGCCACCAAGAUUACCUUCGACAGUGACGACGAGUAAGCUGUACACUGUCGACGUUGAUAGGUUAGGUACCAGGUAGACACGUGGGGGGUGGGGGGAGUAGAGAUCUAUUUCGCUGUAGAUUGCUUUGAUAAGUUGGUUUACUUAAAUUUUGCUUGCACAGAGAAUCCCUU